UUGUGUUAGACAGAGACAAAGUAAGCUUUCUGUUGCGCAAUAUUAAUCCUCAGUAGUCUCUCUACAUAUAAAACCUCCUUUUACUGCAUGUUUUAUUUCCUAGCAGGUUAAGAAGUUGCUGUCUCUCUCUCCCUCUCUCCCUCUCUCCCUCUCUGUCUCUCUCUCGAUUCUUUGGUCUGACAAUGAAAAAUCUCUCUGUAAUUCUUGCUGUCUCUCUUCUCCUUUUUAUACCAAUUUUUCAUGGAGGAACUGCAAUAACAGCAGCUGCUGCAGGAACCAUAGAUGGAUCAGAGGAGUGGGGCUAUGUUGAAGUCAGACCCAAAGCCCAUAUGUUCUGGUGGUUCUACAGAAGUCCCAACAGAGUUGAGGAUCCCUCCAAGCCAUGGCCAACCAUUCUCUGGCUUCAGGGUGGACCUGGAGCUUCAGGAGUUGGGAUUGGGAAUUUUGAAGAGGUUGGUCCAUUGGACACGAAUUUGAACCCAAGAAACUCAACCUGGUUGCAAAAAGCAGAUCUUUUAUUUGUUGACAACCCAGUUGGGACUGGAUACAGUUUUGUGGAGGAUACGUCUCUGUUUGUGAAAAAUGAUUUGGAGGCAGCUGCUGAUUUGACCACAUUGCUGGUGGAGGUUUUCAACAGAAAUGAGAGCCUCCAAAAGAGUCCUCUGUUCAUUGUGGCAGAGUCCUAUGGAGGUAAAUUUGCAGUCACUCUUGGACUUUCAGCUCUCAAAGCCAUUCAACAAGGAAAGCUAAAACUUAGACUUGGAGGAGUGGCAUUGGGAGACAGUUGGAUCUCCCCGGAAGAUUUUGCGCUUUCAUGGGGUCCUCUGCUCAAAGACGUGUCAAGGCUUGACGACAUUGGAUUGCAGAAAUCAAAUAAUGUGGCUCGGAGAAUUAAGCAACAGAUUCAGGAUGGUCAGUUGGUGGACGCGGCCAAUUCUUGGGGUGAACUUGAGCAUGUCAUCAUGUCUAACAGCAAUGCUGUGGAUUUCUAUAAUUUUUUGUUGGAUUCAGGAAUGGAUCCAGUUUCAUCCUUGGCAACAAUUCAAUAUAACAAAGGAAUUUACGUUAAAAAAUAUUCAAGAUACCUGAGUUCUUUACGGUCUUCAGCAGGUGGUGGUAAUGAUGAUCUUGGUUCUUUGUUAAACGGUGCCAUAAAAAAGAAGCUCAAGAUCAUCCCCGAUGAUGUGACAUGGGGAGGGCAGUCUGAUUACGUAUUCUCAGCCAUGACAGGCGAUUUUAUGAAACCAAGGAUUAAUGAGGUUGAUGAACUCCUUGCUAAAGGGGUCAAUGUCACAAUAUACAAUGGGCAAGUUGAUCUCAUAUGUGCAACGAAGGGGACUGAAGCAUGGGUCGAAAAGCUCAAGUGGGAAGGACUCCCAAAUUUCUUGAACAAGAGUAGAACUCCUCUUUAUUGUGGCAAAGAAGGAUUUACAAGAGGGUUCACCAGAUCGUACAAAAACCUGCACUUCUUUUGGAUUCUUGGAGCAGGACAUUUUGUACCGGUGGAUCAGCCAUGCAUUGCAUUAAACAUGGUGGCUGACAUCACACAAUCACCUGCUGCUGCUGCUUCUACGUAGAAAAGAAAGAGUGUUGGCACACUGCAACCAGAGGCAAGAGUCAAGAAGCAAACAAUAACCAUGCGGAACACAAAAAUGAAAUGAGGGGAAAAAGCUGCAUACUGUGCAGGGUAGAUAUUUUUACGUUCGUAGGAGGCUGCAGCAAUUGUUUCAUUCUUCAAUUGGUAUAUGGUCCAACAUUUCUCUGAUUAGUCUGGUGUUUUUUUUUUUUAAAUUAAGAUUAGUUGUUUGAUCACAAUCAGAGAUGUUUUUUUUCUUUUUCUUUUUUUUGAUACGACGGUUUUCUGUUUAUCUAAUUUAUAAGGGUAGUCUUUUGAAUUUGAAUGAGAAGACAGACCUUACAUUGAUUAACUAA